AUGACGCAUCCCACAGCACGCUCGACACAUGGCUUGUCGCAAGAAGGCGGCCCGCGCGAACUCGAAGUUGGCCCGCAUUCCACUGAGCCUUCCGCGCCUCCCUCGCGUACCCGCGAACAGAUCCGUGCGGGUCACCUUCAGUUCCCCGCUGCUUGCUACGCCUCGAUGCUGGCGGGGUGGAAUGACGGAACGACUGGACCGCUGCUGCCGCGGAUACAUCAGGUUUACGGGGUCAACUACGCGGUCGUGUCCUUGUUGUUCGUCUGCGCGUGUGUGGGCUUCUUGUCAGGCGCGCUCAUCAAUAUACCCUUAUCGGAUCGGCUUGGCUAUGGAGAGGUUCGACCCAUCAUCCAGAUCAUCGCAUGCUCUAUCAACUCGCCCGCACCGCCGUUCCUAGUCCUGUGCGUCAGCUAUGCGAUUAACGGUAUCGGGAUGGCCAUACAAGAUGCUCAGUCAAAUGGCUACGUCGCAUCCUUGACAGAGAAACCAGAGGCCAAGAUGGGAAUGCUGCACGCUGCGUACGGUCUCGGCGCGCUCACUGCUCCGCUGGUCUCGACGCAGUUCUCGCAGAUGCAUCACUGGUCCUUCCACUACUUGGCGUCUUUGGGACUGAUGUUUUCCAGCCUCGUCAUACAAGUUGCAAUCUAUCGUUUCAGGACUCGGGACGAUCUAUUUAAAUGCCUCGCCCUCAUCGGUCAAGCCCCGCUUGAGAAGAGCGCCAGCGCCGAGAGCAACUUCAGGCAGAUCUUCCGCUUGAAGAACCUGCACCUGCUCGCCGUCUUCGUUCUCGUCUACGUCGGCGUCGAAGUGACCAUCGGCGGUUGGAUCGUCACCUAUGUGAUCGACGAGCGUGGCGGCGGUCCGAGCUCGGGUUACAUUUCAUCUGGUUUCUUUGCGGGUUUGAUGAUCGGUCGCCUUGCCCUGCUUUGGGUCAAUGCCAAGGUCGGCGAAUGGCCGGUUCUCUUCGUAUACGCGCUUCUAGCUAUUGGCCUCGAACUCGUAGUGUGGCUCGUCCCAUCCCUCAUCGGGGGUGGUGUUGCUGUCGCGCUCGUUGGCGUUAUCCUUGGGGCAUGCUACCCAAUCGCAAUGAACCAGGCCGCGCGCAUCCUUCCUGCAUGGCUUAUCACGCCGUGCAUUGGGUGGAUUGCAGGCUUCGGACAGGCGGGGAGUGCUGUUCUGCCUCUGAUAACCGGCGCACUCGCACAGAGCACGGGGAUCAAGAGCUUGCAGCCGUUUUUGGUUUCGAUGAUGGGAUGCAUGAUGGUGCUGUGGGCGAUGGUGCCUAGGAAGGCGAUGCGCAUGGAUUGA